CACACACACACACUCUCAGUGCAGCCGGAGCUCACACACACUGCAGCCACCAUGGCCAAGUUCCUGACUCAGGACCAGAUCAACGAGUACAAGGAGUGUUUCUCUCUGUACGACCGGCAGCGGCGGGGGAAGAUUGAAGGUCGGGAGCUGAUCACAGUGAUGCGAUGUCUCGGCUCGAGCCCCACCCCCUCCGAGGUGCAGCGACACCUGCUGAUCCACACAGAGGCAGGCGGAGAGCUGGACUUCUCCACCUUCCUGAGCAUCAUGCACCGGCAGCUGCAGCAGGAGGCGCCGCAGGAGGAGAUCCUGGAGGCGCUGACGAGGGCCGACAAGGAGCAGAGAGGCUUCCUGCUGGCCUCCGAGCUGAGGGCCAAACUCACCGGGCUGGGGGAGAGACUCACCCACCGAGAGGUGGACGAGCUGCUGCAGGAUGCGGGAGUUGGAUCUGACGGACGGGUCCACUGCGAGCAGUUCGCUGAAGCCGUGACGCGCACCGCUGCUGCCAAACACUGAGGACAGAAAACCAUCCGAGACACUUUCUGUGUUCGAUGAAGUUCACACCAGACCUCACCAGCUGCUGUCGGUCAUUCUUCAUCGGUCUUUCUGACUCUUCUUCAUUCUGUCUUUCUGACUCUUCUUCAUCUGUCUUUCUGACUCUUCUUCAUUCUGUCUUUCUGACUCUUCUUCAUUCUGUCUUUCUGACUCUUCUUCAUUCUGUCUUUCUGACUCUUCUUCAUUCUGUCUUUCUGACUCUUCUUCAUUCUGUCUUUCUGACUCUUCUUCAUUCUGUCUUUCUGACUCUUCUUCAUUCUGUCUUUCUGACUCUUCUUCUUCUGUCUUUCUGACUCUUCUUCAUUCUGUCUUUCUGACUCUUCUUCUUCUGUCUUUCUGACUCUUCUUCAUUCUGACUCUUCUUCUUUCUGACUCUUCUUCUUUCUUCUUUCUGACUCUUCUUCAUUCUGUCUUUCUGAUGUGGUGUAUUACAUCUGUUCAUAUAUAGUUAGUUACUCUCUGAGGUCAUAGAGAGUGCAGAGAGUGAUGUGGUACAACAGGAUGUUGUAUAACAAACCUCUGGAAUAUGUCAGAAGGCCUCCAGGGAUGAGUAGGAAAAAGACCAACGUAUAGCUCACCUUAUUUGGGUACGCGCAAGACAUGGUGUACGAACUUAUAGCUCACCUUAUUUGGGUACGCGCAAGACAUGGUGUACGAAUGUAUAGCUCACCUUAUUUGGGUACACAUUCUUAUAGAACAUCGCAUUUUGUCACACACCCACAUUUCUCCUAUAAAGUGUAUGCACAAAGAGAUUUCGGGGGGACUUCCACAAUUGGCUCUGGGAACCUCGCAUCGCCCGUGUUGGUGUGUGAUACUAUGCUGUUGUAAUAAACCUUAUUAUUA